AUGGCCUAUUUCAUGUGUGAUGUUGGAGGAGACAUUGAUCAACGCGAUGAAUGUCGUUUAACUCCAAACAUUGAUGCAACUGUGGAAGAUCUUAAGAAAAUUGGAGUUGAAACCACAAAAGUCAAUUUCGAUGAUCCAAACGUUGAAGAAGAUUUGGAGAAACUUGUCAGAAGUUAUGAUAUGAAUCAUCGGGAUGAGAUCAGAAUUUGCAAAGCAACUAUGCCGGAUUUUGAAGCAAAGGUUUGUAGGAUUGAAAUUUGAAGGAAUAAAUUAUUGAAUUUUUUAGCUCAAAAUCUUCUUCGAAGAACAUCUCCAUGAUGAUGCUGAACUUCGAAUCAUCAAAAACGGCGUCGGGUAUUUUGAUGUUAGAAGUGUUGAUGAAAAAUGGAUUCGAAUUCCAGUUCGACGAGGAGAUUUUGUGUUUUUGCCAGCUGGAAUUUAUCAUCGUUUUACUCCAGAUACAGCGGUUAGUUUUGGGAUCUAGAUUUUUUUUUAAACUUUUGCCAAUUUUUUCCAGGAAGACGUGACUGCGAUCCGCCUCUUCCGCAACAAUCCAAAAUGGACCGCUUACAAUCGCUCAGCCGAUGCUGAAACUCAACCAACCCGUGCUCAAUAUUUGAAGGAAAUUCUAAUUUAA